AUGUCAAAAGGUAAGAGUGGUAAAAACGACAGGAAUCCUCAUUAUUGACAGUCUCAAUGAUGUCAGAAUAAUUGCCGUUUUUUAACAGCCAAUGACGGAAAUCACUUUUUUGAGACACGAGUUAGGUUAACCUAUAAAAAAGCAAAUACGGGAUCAUAUGACCAGGAUGUUGUUUUUCCUAGAUAAACGUAGACUGUUGAGAAGGUUAGCGGCAAUAUAUACAAAAGUCAAAGCCCGUUGAGGCCUACUCACGCAUGAGAUCAAACGAAAUUGAUACAAAGAUCUAUAGCGCGCGAAUUAGAGCAGUUUACAGUUGUUUUUGCGAACGGGCACCGGGCAAAUUUUGCCAUUUGUCGUGCUUCUUUUGCCAAAUUAAAAGAACAACGAACGCGUGUGAUUUCCGGUUCUCAAAGGCCCGAUUCGCAGGCAAACAGUGCGCGCAAAGCAGGCUGGUCAUUUCCCAUUGUUUAACUGGUAACCAAAACGACCAAGCAACAUCCGUGAGUCAACAAGGAUAGCGUCGAAGUGUAUUUCAGUUUUCAAAGAAACGAAAGAAACCAAGCGAAUUGCAGGUGAAAGACGAAUUACAGGCAACGAGGUAACUUGAAGCUUAAGUAGAAUAUAUUGAAGUAGAUUGUAAAUUGUAGAUUGCUGUAGUGUACUGAAGUUGAUUGAAGUGGUAAUAUUGUAGUAGAUUAAAGUACAAGAUUGAACUAGUAUUAACCACACGUCGGUAAACAAAAAGCUUUGAGGAUUGCGGAAGAAAUAAAAUUUGCGCAAUCGGAACAUGUUUGAAACAAGCGCAAUUGUCAGAUAUUUUUAAAUCGUUUAACAUAUAACGUCAGCAAUCGUUAAUAUUGGGUUAGAAUAUUGUAUUCGUGGUGAAGUUUUAAAUAAUACUGGAUUUAGGCCAUACUAUCCGGGCCAAUGCAAGCAUUGAGCUCCUAGAUGACUUACAGGUUCAUAUCUUCAGUUCGGUUCAUGCUAUGUCUAUGAAGACAAAAAUACCACCAUGUGUAAAUUAAUUGGAAGGUAGCCUUGCAUGGGUUCUUACGACCAGUUCGCUGCUUUCCCGUUUGGCGACUAUCCGUUGUUAUACAAAUUGUGUGUUUGUUGUAAAGUAAUCAUGAUUUCCUGAUAAAGCUGUCAAAUCUAACUCGUACUUGACUAAACCGAUGCAUGUACCUUGAUGAUAGCAAUCAUCAAGACCAGACGAUUCUAAACCGAUCGUUUAAUAGGUUAUUUCACACUGAGGCCGGCGAGAAUAUAUUUGUGGGAAUGUGGUGUUUUAUUUUUGUUUAAUUUGUAUCAAGAACUUAUCGAAGAGUUCCAACAUAGAGUAUAUCUCUUGCAAACGCCUAAUGGUUUUAGUCUCGUCAACAGUCUCGAACCAACAUUUAACCAAAAUCCAAACAAGAGGCAUUUUAUUCAUUCUGUGAAACAUAGCAUGUUUACAUUCAGUAGUAAAGCUUUUUGCUUCACUUCAACAAGCAUAUUUUGCACGUCAAUGUCCACUAUUUGCAGUGGCGUUAGUUAAAAAACUAAUGGCCCCCGACAGUUAGGCGCCCCAUCAGCCACGCCCCCCCCCCCCCCCCCCCCCCCCCCUCUUUCUCCGUUACACCAUUGACUAUUUGUGCGGUAACGUUUCCUUGUGCAUAGAUCCAUGUCAUUGCGGACUAUUUUCCCACGAUAGCGCAAAUAUUUUAAUGAAUGUCAGUGUCUUGUUUGCGCAGUCGUGUUCCUAUUUCUAAGUGAAAUAUUUGGGGACUGAUUGUGUUUAUGUAAGCCCAUGCAAGCGUUUAACAAGCUGUAUGAUGGCAUUUUGUUUAAACAGAAAACAAAGUAUCGUGUUUCCUCAGGGUAACUAUUCAAUUCUAAAAUAAACAAACUUUUUCUAAAAAUCAGGGUACGCUGUGUAUACAUGCGCCCGCUAAGACCAUAUAGUCAGUCAUUGGUAACCAUGCAGUCUUGGCAGUUGGCAACAAGCAAAUACCAGCGCAGUCCCUUAUUUUCUGCAUGUAAUGUAUUAUCUUAUAAUAUAAGUGGGAUAUAACAGACAAUUUGAUUGGUUAAUGCGCGUGAUGCAGUAAUGGUCUGUGACCUGCCUUGCUUUUUCUGUGUUUUCUUUCCGCUUCAUCUCUGCUUUUUAGCCAUGCAAUAUACAGUAUAAUUAUAAGAAAAGAAAUGGGAAAACUUGUCUCGCGCGUUUAUGGUGUGAUAACGCACUCGGGGAAUAUUGGUAGAAUACUCAAGAAUCGUGUAAAAUCUACGUACGCCUCCUGUGUUAUACGCUUCUUUAUUCGAGUUUUCCCAACAUUUCACCGUGUCAUUAUCAUGAUCACUGUAAACACACUCGACUCGUUUUCUAUUUGUUCCGAGUACCUGUCUCUCACUCCACACCCAGACCCUAACUCCAUGAACCUAACCGGGAAAUUGGCGCCUCGCCCUAAUUGGUGGACGGUUAAUAAGAGAGCAUGUUGUGAUAACACUAUACUCGAUGAUUAACGGUUUUGCGGAACUGUUAGAGCAAAAUAGAAUUAUGCGAAUCGAAAUUACUGCAGUUACUAUAUAGAGCUCACUGCUCCGAAUUAAUUAUUGGAAAGGGAUGUUUGAUUCGCUCUGUUGGGUCUUAACAAUGCAACAUUUAAAUUAUUGUUUAAUUGUUUUUUAGUAUACGUUAUUAUUUACUACCUUUGAAGAUGCUUGUCAGAGGAAUGGUACGGUUGUGUUCCCUUAUGUUGAUCAUCGCGUGUUUCAAGCAGACAUCCGGACAGCUGUACAACAAUACAUCUCAUUUCACCUCCCAUUACGGUACUCGGUGUAUUGACCAGUGCGCUACCAGGGGAAAGGAUUACUACUGGUGUAACACAAACGAAGGCUGGGACUAUUGUUCACCUAUCCCGGAUUUUACCUGUAUUAAUGUACCAUGCCGAGACAACCAGCAUUGCGGCCAACAUGGAAUGGGUUAUCAUUGGUGUUAUACGGGUGUAUUUACCUGGGACUUCUGCGGAGUAGUCGAAGGCGGUACACGCGAAUAUCUCAACGUAGACACGAAAAGUCGGAUAAUCCGGGCAGACCGUGACUCCGUAUGCGUAUUUGGCAACACAAAAAAUAACAGGCGCGUGAUUUUCCAUUCAACUGCUGCAAACAUCGUACGUGAUGUAAGCAGCGAGUCCCGAAGUGAAAUACAGAGGCUCGUCGCAACCUUUCGUGUCGACCUAAUACCCGGGCGUGCUACCAGUAACUUUCUCAAUUGGAGUGGGAAUUUUCGAAUGGACAUGCAAGGCACUUUCACAUUAGACGGCAGGGGUUAUUACAACAUUCAAAUACAACGAAAUGUCAUUCGAGCCGGACGCACUAGUACCACGUACGCUCAAGUGCUUGUUGCUGAUGACGACCUCCGGAAUCUGACAAGCAGGAUUGUCCGUAGGGCGUUUUUAAUGAGUUUGUCAAACCAUGAGAAAGUGAGGAUAGCCGUGGGUGAAAGAUUCAGAAGAAGAAGAAGCGAGCAAAAGGAUAUUCCCCCCUGCUCAGCGUCUCCCGUGUUCAAAUUCAUGGGUUCGAUUGUGAUCAAGUUUUGUUUGGCCAGUAUCGUAAUACCUUUAAUCCUUUUGCUGUAA